UUCCAUGUUUGCGUCAUGGGUUGAGCUCAGGCUUUGGCGUGAGGUUUGCGUAGCUGACCGAAUGACCUCUCUUCUUUCUAGAGUCUGUUUGUCCAACACGAAUCCCGGUGGCCUCUCGGGAUGAGAAAGGCUUUGAGCUGCUGCUGGGCAUGAACAUUCAGAAGAAGGCCAAGAAGAUCCCUGGCUCUUUGAUUUUGGAGGCCGCUUACGCUCUGACGGCCUCCACCGACAUUACUGAGGACACCAGGGACAUCUUCCCAGAAGGCCUCCCUCCUUCCUACGUGUUCAUAGCCACCCUGCGUCUAAAGGGGACUUCUAGCCGGCUGACCUUUGACCUUUGGAGGGUGCUGUCCAAGGAUAAGGAGAUACAGGUCGCAGUGACACUGAGUGGAAAGGACAAAAGUGUCGUCUUUACCACCACUAGCUUAACUGCAGAGGAGCAGAGAGUCACCUUCAGAGGCGUCCAGACUCUUUAUGACGGAAAGUGGCAUCAGCUCAAAGUCCUGGUGAGACCACGUCAGGUCAGCAGUUUCCUGGACGAUCUGCUGAUCCAGGAAGAACUGCUGGAACCGGUGGAGCCCAUCUACAUCAAUGGGGAGACCCAGGUUGCUAAGAGACGGGGAACCGACCUCCCUGUGGCCGUGGAGAUUCAGAAGGUUCGUCUGUACUGUGACCCUCAUCAGAGCGAGAGAGAAACGGCGUGUGAGAUCUACUCUGUGGACGAUGAAAGGUGUCCUCUGAAUCGAACAGCCACCGUGGACGAAGAAGACUGGACCACAAGGGCAGCGUGGGGCGCCCGGUCCCAUGGUAAGACGUGCGCACACGUCCUCACUCGUGUACUCGUGCACCCACACGUCACCUGAAGGAGGUAAUGGACAGGACUGA